GAAAGGAACACGGAUAUUUACGAGAAACACGAGUAUCCCAAACUCGACCUUGCUUUGUUAAUCGGAUAGCACAAGUCAGGAAAAAUGAGCAGAUGUACAAUAUUUGGCUUGUAUUUGGGUCUGAUUUUGUUUGUUUCUUGGCAUUCAGUGGUUGCAUCUGAAGAAGCUCGUACUUUGAGUGUACCAGAGUCUUUACUAUUCAUAUCAACGUUGGAUGGGACAAUGCAUGCGGUGAAGAAACAGACUGGAGAUGUUCGGUGGUCGCUUAAAGAAGAUGCUGUAAUACAGACACCAGUAUUUCUUCGCCCAGGUGCAAUAUUCAUCCCUGAUCCAAAAGAUGGUAGUUUAUAUGCCUUUGGUAGUGCUCAUGAUGGUCUCAAGAAACUGCCAUUUACAAUACCUGAGUUAGUGCGGGCAUCUCCUUGUCGAAGUUCUGAUGGAAUUCUCUACACAGGUCGUAAAACAGAUGUUUGGUAUGCUAUUGACCUGGACACUGGGAUAAAACAACAAACCUUAAAGCUGGAUGGAACAGAGACUGUUUGCCCCAUGAUGUCCAAUAAGAGGGCUCCAGUAUUUCUUGGUAGAACAGAAUAUAUGAUAACCAUGUAUGACAGCAAAAGCAGAGAAAAAAGAUGGAAUGCUACAUUUCAUGAUUAUUCUUCACAUCUUGCCCAAGAUGUUGACUACGAUCUUCAUCAUAUGUGUUCUAGUUCUGAUGGUUUCAUGGUUACCAUGGACGCAUCAACAGGAGAAAUUUUGUGGACCAAGAAUUAUGGCUCCCCUGUAGUGGGAAUUUACAGAAUGGACAAUGAAGCCUUGCUAAAAGUUAAAGUCAAUCACAUAGCUAAAGAGACAUUGAAACAUCUUAUUGGGGCAAACACUUCAAGCUCUUCACACCAAAACACUUUCCUUGGAGAUGGUGGAGAAAUAGUUCUACAGCCAACAUUGUACAUUGGGGAACAUGCUGGGGGAUUGUAUGCUCUUCCAUCACUGGUUGAAGAAGGAUCGCCAUUAGUUGAGGCAAAAGUUUUAUUGAUUGAAGGCCCAAGAUCAGGUGUUCCUAAAACAGUAAACCCAACCAAGUCCAGUGAUGCAGUAUCUGCCAGAGAACAUUCUGCAAACAUUUCUCCUCCAGUGCGGCGGCCUGUACAGCAGCCCAAAGUGUUGGAACCCAAAGCUGCAUUGCUUCUGGGACACCAUCAAGUUCCGCUUGUUGCCAACCCUCAAUUGCAUAUCACUCACAUUCCUGAUAAACUGAUGCCAAUGUACAUGCAUCAUCAUCAUCUACACAACAUGAAGAUGACGCCAAAGAGAAUUGAAAAGACAAAUGCUAGAGAGGAAGACAGACGACAUCAACAGGAGAUGUUUGAGAUGAUGAAAAUUCACCAGCGACUGCUAUACACCAUUAUAGCCACUAUUGGAAUACCUGUGGUCUUACUAGUUGUGUUUUUUAUUGAGAGGUCAACAAGACAGUCUGCUAUUUCAUCAAAAAGAUCUUCACCCCCUUCCUCAUCAUCAUCAUCAUCUUCAUCAUCCCAAAGAGUCCAUGAGCAAAAUGCAGAGCAAUCACCUGAGGUUUUAAGUAGGUUAGUGUCUGUGGGAAAGAUCUCCUUCUCUCUUAAGAACGUUCUUGGUCGAGGCUGCGAAGGAACAGUUGUCUACAAGGGUAAAUUUGAUGGCCGCGAUGCCGCAGUUAAACGCAUUUUACCAGAAUGUUUCACUUUUGCUGAUAGAGAGGUGGAUCUAUUACGUGAAUCAGAUGCCCAUCCAAAUGUAAUUCGGUAUUUCUGUACGGAAGAGGAUCAGCAAUUUCGCUAUAUCGCCUUGGAAUUAUGUGAAGCUACCCUUCAGGAGUAUGUUGAAGAUCCGACUUUUGAGCGCCAUGGACUAACACCUGUAACUGUACUGAAUCAAGCCAUGUCUGGACUCACUCAUCUUCAUUCUCUUAACAUUGUUCAUCGGGACAUCAAACCACACAAUGUUCUAAUUUCUAAGCGAUCCGUGAGCGGUGAAGUGAAGGCCAUGAUAUCUGACUUUGGGCUUUGUAAGAAACUGGCGUACGGGCGGAACUCGGCCACUUGUCAAACAGGUGCUAUAGGUACAGACGGCUGGAUAGCGCCUGAGAUGUUUAAACCUGACAACAAAAUGAAAUGUUCUGUGGACAUCUUUUCUUCGGGUUGUGUUUUUUACUACGUGUUAAGUGGAGGUCUCCAUCCGUUUGGUGAUCAGUACAGACGGCAAGCUAACAUAGUAGCGGGAGAUUUUGAUGUAGAGAAGAUAAUUAAUUGUGAAUUGGUCACAGAAGCUAAAGAUUUAAUAAGAAUGAUGUUAAAACCCUGUCCUUCGGAGAGACCUUCAGCGAAAGAAAUCCUGAAGCAUCCAUUCUUCUGGAGCAGAGAAAAACAGCUUGCAUUCUAUCAGGAUGUCAGUGAUCGAAUUGAGAAAGAGUCAGAAGAAUCAGAACUAUUAGUGCUAUUACAAAAGGAUUCCAUUCCUGUGGUGCGAGGGGACUGGAAAGUACACUUAGGAAGCGAACUACAAGAAGAUCUUCGCAAAUUUAGGACUUACAAAGGCUCCCAUGUUAGGGAUCUUUUACGCGCUAUGCGGAACAAGAAACAUCAUUACCGUGAAUUACCUGAUCACGUGAAGGAAGCGCUCGGCUCUGUUCCUGAUGGUUACAUGCGUUACUUCAGCUCCCGCUUUCCGCGCCUUCUCAUGCACACAUACAACGCUAUGGCCUCGUGUAAGAGCGAGCCUGUGUUUCAAACGUACUUCUCUCACAAAGAACCCCUCGCAUAGAUUAUCUUUCUCUUUUUUAAUACUUUUCACCUCUUAUUAACUUAAAGCUUACAGACUCCUCUGGUCGUAGCUCAAGUCCAAGAAGACUUGGAGACUUGGGACUGCCUCUUAAUAGAAAUGUUCCCAAUAGCUACUUACGUUGCAUCGUGACACCCCAUCCCCUUUCCUCUCUCUCUCUCGCUCUUUUUCUCAUGUUAACCUUGCGUGACACUCAAACUUGUUUGUGUUAUAUUGUUACGGUGGUAAAGAAUACUUUGACUCGAGUAUCGAGGUGUUAUUUGAUAUUUUUCCAUUGUUAAUGGGAGAUGAACAUGAAAUAUAUAUAUAUGUAUAUUAUUUUUGAAGAAAUGUUUGAAGUAAAAAAUCCUUGUCCGAGUCAUCAUCCUUUUACGCUCCAACGGAGCCUCUGAGCAAAAAACAUAGAAUGAAAAUGUUCGAUGUAUUUAUUCUGCGGAGAACCCGGCAUUGUACAUUAUUUAACGUAAAUUCGGAAUAUAGUUAAGUAAAAUAUUUUGUAAUCGUAGUAUCCAAUACAUCCAUUCACAAUUCAAAAUCGCUUUGUGAAGAAUGAGUUUGAACAAUAAAAGAUUUGAAUUUAUUACA